AUGUCAAGCAACGAAAUCAAAAUAGGAGCCUACCUCCUGGAGCGUCUAGUCCAACUCGGCACUCAAUCAAUCCAAGGAGUGCCUGGAGACUUCAAUAUGGGAUUUCUUGAUCUCAUCGAAGACCACCCUUCGCUCGAAUGGAUUGGUAACUCCAACGAGCUAAAUGCUGCCUAUGCUGCCGAUGGCUAUGCACGUAUCAAACGAACCAUCUCUGCUGUCGUGACAACAUUCGGUGUCGGCGAGCUAUCCGCACUGAACGGUAUCGCAGGAAGCUUUUCCGAGAGGCUACCCGUGAUCCACAUUGUCGGUGUACCUUCCACUGCUGCUCAGGGUGCACACUCUCUUCUGCACCACACUUUGGGAGAUGGAAGGUUUUCAGCAUUCGUCAACAUGAGCAAGGAAAUCUCUGCUGAUAGCGCUGUUCUUAAGCAGAAGGAAGGUGUGGGUGAAGCGAUUGAUAGGAUCCUCGUCAGUGCUAUGAAGAAAGCUAGACCCGUCUACCUCGCUCUUCCCACCGACCUUGUCCAUGCGACCAUUCCUGCCGACGCACUGAAGACCAAGCUCAAGUAUGAUGCGGAGCCCAAUGACGAAGCUGCAGAGAAAUAUGUUCUUAAUGUGGCCAAGAAACAUAUCGAGCAAGCCAAAUCGGCGGUCAUUCUAGUGGACGCUUGUGCUGAUCGUCAUGGAUGCAUCGCCGAGACUAGGGAGUUGAUCGAGAAGUCAGGUUUGCCGGUGUUUGCUACCCCGAUGGGUAAGGCGAUUGUGGAUGAGGAUCAUCCUCAAUACGGUGGACUCUAUGUCGGUAAUCUGACUAGCGAGAAGGUGAAAGAGGUGGUGGAGGGAGCAGAUGUGUUGAUCACGGUGGGCAGCUUGAAGUCGGAUUUCAACUCGGGCAACUUUAGCUAUAGAACACCAAAGGAGAGCACUAUCGAACUCCAUUCGGAUUACACCACCGUUGGAUACUCGCACUACCCGGGCAUUGGGAUGAAAGGACUCCUUCCAAAGCUCAGUGCGAUCCUUCAGCCUGACCAAGCACGAAGGUUGGAAGAGACCAAAACGGUCGUACCCAAAUUCCAAAACGCUCUUCCCUCCGACUCGAGCGACGUUAUCAGUCAAGAAUAUCUCUGGCCAAGAAUGGGAAGAUUCUUCAAAGAACAAGACCAAGUCAUCGUCGAAACCGGCACUUCCUCUUUCGGCAUGCUUGAAGCCAAACUUCCCAAAAACACCCGAUGGGUCUCACAAGUCCUCUGGGGCUCAAUCGGUUGGUCAGUAGGUGCAACGCUCGGCGUAGCACUAGCUGCUCGAGAAAACAAACUCGGCAGGACCUGUCUUUUCGUCGGUGACGGAUCCCUCCAGCUCACUGUUCAAGAAAUUGGCACUAUGAUCAGGCAUGGCUUGACGCCCUACCUUUUCGUACUGAACAACGAUGGCUAUGAGAUUGAAAGGCAAAUCCAUGGUCCGGAGAGGAAGUAUAAUGAUAUUCCGCCCUACGAUCAUAGUUUGAUGUUGGACUUUUUCGGGGAUCAGAAGGCGGGGAAGAGGGAGGGAAAAAGUCAUGAGAAGGAUAUGGAGCCGAGUAAGAAACAGUUUUAUAGGGUGCAGGGCAGGAAGCAGCUGGACGAGUUGCUAGAGAGUGACGAGUUUGCGAAGCCGGAUAGGAUUAGAGUGGUGGAGUUGAUGAUGGAAAGGGGUGAUGCGCCCAAGGCGUUGAAGAGACAGGCUGAGGCUACGGGUACUGCGAACAAGUAUGAGUGA